UCGGAGGGAAAAAGAGAUGACGAGCGCUCAGUCGUUGGUUCGGCUGACCCGAGUGUUGCAGCGUUAUCAGCAGGCCGAUGACGCGGCCUUAUCGCCCGUCGGCAUCACUCCUCGUCAGACGCGAAAAUGAGAGCCAUCGAGGUGGUGAUGGUGCUCGUCGCCGUGACUUCGGCGCGCGCGAUUUUGCACUCGGCCGGUUCGGGCUUCAACAGGGAAACCACCCUGUGCGAGGACACCAACGAAAUGUGCGGAUGUGACCCUGCCAGAGAAACCAUGCGUUGCUCAUGUCCAAAUAAGGGUGAAAAGCUCCACCUGCGUAACGCAACGAUUCCCGUCACCCUUCGCAAUCUGAUCGUCAACCACUGCAGUCAUGUCCUGGUGUCCAGCGACGCCCUCAACUCGCUCAGCUACCUGGCCAGGGUGGAAAUCUCAAACGUCGACGUUCUCCAGUUGGAGGAACGCGCACUCUUCUGGGAGCCGCAUCGACUCGUCUAUGGCCGUGAGGAGCGCACCUGGGUGCACGAAAACUUCCCUGACGAAAACAGGGAUGUUCAGUUCUACCUGAGCAACGUCUCGAACGCCCAAUUUCCGCGGUUCUCCUUCGGAGGACACGUGGAGGAGAUCGUGAUGGACAACGUGAGAGUGUCGAGGUUCGAGUCGUACGCCGUCGCCAACACCUACAACGUCAUCAGGACCCUCAAGUUGGAACGGUGCUCCAUUGACUACAUUGCUUUUCAGGCUUUUCGGAAAGUUCUGAUUGAAGAGCUAAUCAUCAGCAAGAACAGAAUCGUCAAAAUGGAAAGCAGCGCCUUCAAAGAGGUGUUGGUUAAGAACAGUUUCCGCUUCGAGCACAACUACGUCGACAUGAUGGCGAGCUCUGCCCUGGGGUUGAUAGGCCCCGUCAAAAUCGACGUCAAAGGAAACAGAAUCCAAGUUUGUCACGGCGACGCCUUCAGAAUCUUCAGCCGAGGCACUGUCCUGAUUUCGGACAACACGUUCUACAGCAUCAGGGCCGGCGCCCUGAGGGGAUUCAAACCCUACGAGCCGCAGUUCUACCCGACGCCCAAACCCUCUCAUCAGGACGAUCAGGUCGGCGACUACCCGCAACUGCUUCCUGAACCUUGGGAGGAUAAGGAGAGGCCGCACGAAAUGAUGCUCAACAACAACACGCUGAUGGAGUUUGAAAAUGGUGCCUUGAGUGUAAACAGAGGGUACAGGGUGGCCUACGACAGGGUGCAACUCAACAAGGAGUGCGACUGUGACGGAAUUUCCUUGUUGGCCGCAGAUUUGGUCGGACUGCAAACUGGGAUCAACGGAUUUUCUGUUCUUUCAGCACAGAAUACGUCGUCCCUCCACAGGGCCCUGUGGUGCAAGCAGUCCCGAAGCAACCAACCCACCUCCCUUUCCGCCUACGAGAGUCAACACUGCCAAGGAGGCGUCCUUUCCUCAGGGUGGUCUAUCCUGAUCAUCGUGGCCGCCUCCAUUCUCUUUGUGAUGCUGCUCGUCGGUCUGGCCGUCAUUCUCUGGUGCAGUUACCGCCGCAACAAACUCCAAAUAGUCAAGCCCGAGAAGAAGGUCUACCAGCAAACCGAGUUCAAGGUGGUGUACGAGCCGGUGACUGAACUGCAACUGCAGAACCUGCCCACCCCCAAGACAGUGCAGGUGCCCCCUGAGAUGCGGCCUUUGAGGCCUGUGACGGAGGAAGAGCCGCUCGAGGAGGUGCAGGAGACAAGAACCGAAGUCAUACCGUAUGCAACCGUGCAAAUUGUGAACGGAAGCAAAGAGACUGUGUAUGAAAAUUGUGCUGCCGAAGGACAGCCACAAGUGAUUUACGAAGAAAUUCAACCUGCAGAGCGACGAGUGACUUUCGCUUCCAGAACUGAAACUGCCGCUCCGAGAGAGUUCCUCGAAUCGGAUAUAAUUUAGAAAUAACUUUUAUAUAUAUUAUCAUGAAAACGGUUAUGCUUCCUUAGAUUUAUUAUUUCCAAAAGUAUUUGUACUUAAAUACGUUUAGUUUAAAUCAAUCUGAAAUAAGUUGAUUUUUAAACUUUAAACUUUUAGCAACUUUUCUCAGUAUUAUCAUGUGUGCCAUUUCAAGAAAUAAUUGCAUGAAUAAAAUGCACGUCCGAAGACUGGAUUACGAUUUCAAAGUAUCAUGUGUUUGCGCUUGCAGUUUCUUGCAACCCGACACCGAUUUGAAACCGCUACUUCAAUAGCAAGUGGCGUCUGAGCAGAAAAUAAGCCAACUUUGCGCGAGUUCGCAUUUAAAUUCAUUGAUAAUUCGCCGGCUGUGCAUCGAAUGUUUUCACUUGAAUAAAUAAAUCACGAUUAUGCAAAACGCGACCAUCUUUCAAUACAUGCAAAUCGCUUAAAAUAAAUAUUGCUCUGUACUCACCUAAACGGGAGGACGCCUUGCAGAGCCUGGUUGAUUGUGGGGGGACUAGCAAGGGCGAAACCCUUUCCCAACAGGGUGCUGUUUUGUUGAAAGACUUGCUGGGCCACUUCUUCGACGGCCUCUAUGUCUUCGUCAACCUCCUCAACUUUAAAAUAAAAAA